CAUCUGCAGCACAUGUGUGUUCGUUGUUUGUUUAUUUUUUUUUUUUUAAUUGAUAUUAUAAAUAAUUAAAAUGAAUGUGAGCACGGAUUUUAAGCCUGUACCAACGCGUGCUGCGCUUGCACUACAGAAGAGUGCCAACAAAACAGAAUUCACGGCUCUAGUCUUUCAAGAGCCGCAGACUGCAGCAACAACAAAAACAAACACAACAGGCGAAGGAGCUGAGGCUACAUCAACAAAUGCUAAGGACACAAAGACGGACAACGAAUUCGACAUGAAGCGCGCACGCCAUGAGGUUCUCAACUUUGCUAUGGCCAAUCAACGGACCAGUAAAAACAAGCGCAAAAUGGAAAUAUUUCAGCUGAUCAAAUUGGGCGCCAAGCCGCCGAAGAAGGCGUACAAAAACUACAAAGAUCUGAAAGCGGAACGGCAGCGGCUCCAGGAUAUUCGCGAGCAGCGCAAGAAAUUCCAUCAGUUGGGCAAAAAUCAAGCGGGCGCCGCUAGCGUUAAAUGUACAACGAAAACGCAGCGAAAUCAACGCGAUAAGAAGCGAGCACCAGUUGCAAAUAUUGGCCAGCAUUAUGGCAAAGCCGAGACAAAACUGAAAAAGCGUAAUUAAAGCAUAUUUCAAACAGAA